AUGCAUAUGAAUGGAGGAGAUAGGAGACUAAGUGAAAAAAGAAAAAUAUUUGUUAAUUCAGUAUCUGAAGACACCCUUAAUAACUUGCUGGAUGAUGUCCUACGUGAAAAGGUGCUCGACCAAGAGGAAACUGAAAAAGUGAAAAAGGAAAACGGGUGCCAUGCCAGCCAAUUACUUAUAGGCUAUAUCUGCAAGAGAGAUUCCACUUUUGCUUCCAAGUUGAGAUUUUCUUCAGACAAACAACUGAUUCAGAAGAGGAGGCUGUUUAUCCGUUCAGUGGGCCAUGGUACAAUAAAUGCCUUGCUGGAUGACCUCUUAGAGGACAGAGCGCUUAGCCAGGAGGAGAUGUGCAAAGUGAAAGAUGAAAAUCACACAGUCAUGGAUAGGGCUCGAGUCUUGAUUGACCUCAUUAUUGGGAAAGGAUGCCAUGCCUGCAAGAAAUUUAUUCAGUAUCUCUGGGAAGAAGACCCUGAACUUGCAUCAAAGAUGGAGCUGUAUUUUUGUCAAGAGUGAAGAUGGGAUCUCUAGUACUACAACUACUAGAAUACCAGCACUUCUCCAAGCCC